AUGAUUGGACAUCCGACGCGCUCGCCUCUGGACAUCACUAGGCACGCCGCCAAACCGCCGCCUCCCAAAAUGCCAGAAGCUUCCAACUUGCGACCUGACGACCCUCGACCCUGCAUGCCCGAUGGGCUGGCUGCUUCUCAGCCGAGCAUGUUUGUUCCUGCUCGUUCGCAGGGGUGGAAACUGCACUUUGAUGCACGGUCUCCUUGUGAGAACCCGGGGCUACCUGUGGCCAAGGUGCUCUCGCGGCACUUGGUGACCUCCCUACAGACGGUGCUCACGACUGUUCACGCGUCUGGGAAAGAUGCUGCUCAGAAGCAUGUGGGCUUAUUGGCGAGCGCGCAGUUCUGGCACCACCGCACUCUUGGCAUGAUGCUGCGUCCUAGCAGCUCUCCCAUGCCUGAGGUCGAGGGCUCGAGCUUUACGCCCUGGUAA